AACUGUCUUCAAACAUGUAGAUGAUGUACAUCGAUGUACAUUAUAUAGUUAUAUAGAUUAUGACAACAAAGUCAGUGUUAAGCAUCUGAGUAACGUGGGAUGAAAUUUGUAAUUCGUAUUAUUUGCAAGAAUUAAUCUGUUGCAAAAUGCAGAAUGUAAUAAACACAGUCAAAGGUACUGCUUUAGGCGUGGCAGAAUAUCUGACACCUGUUCUUAAGGAAUCUAAGUUCCGGGAAACUGGAGUGCUGACUCCCGAAGAAUUUGUGGCUGCUGGAGAUCACUUGGUACAUCAUUGUCCAACCUGGCAGUGGGCUACAGGUGAUGAGGGUCGAGCAAAAUCGUAUCUGCCACGAAAUAAACAGUUUCUUAUUACACGUAAUGUUCCAUGCCCACGAAGAUGUAAGCAGAUGGAAUAUUGUGAUGAUCAAGAAAAAAUUAUUGAAGCUGAUGACCCUGAUGGAGGCUGGGUAGAUACUCACCAUUUUGACACUGGUGUAUCAGGAUUGGAUGAUAAAGUCUCUGAAAUGACUUUGGAAUCAAAGGCUGAAGUCUCCAAUAAUAUAGGCAGUUGUGAAAGAGAUGCAAAUGAUGGUGAUGAUGAUGAUGAUGAUGAAGAUGAUGAGGGUGGUGGUGGUGGUGGUGGUGCUGCUGCUGCUGCUGCUGAUGGUGAAGGUGAUGAUGAUGAAGAAGAAGAAGAGGCUGCAGACAUGGAAGAGUUUGAAGAGAGUGGACUACUUGAUGAACAGGAUAAGGCAACUCUGGAUACUUUGAGAAAUACCGAAAAAGAUGUUGGAGAUACUUCAAAUCAAGUUGGAGGAGAAAUCAUACACACGCGAACCUAUGAUCUCCAUAUUACAUAUGAUAAAUACUAUCAAACACCUCGUCUAUGGCUGUUUGGAUACGAUGAGAAUCGCAAACCUCUAACUGUAGAACAAAUGUAUGAAGAUGUGAGUCAAGACCAUGCAAAGAAGACAGUAACAAUGGAGAAUCAUCCCCACCUUCCUGGACCACCAAUGGCUUCUGUUCACCCUUGCAAGCAUGCAGAAGUAAUGAAGAAGAUCAUCCAGACCGUUACUGAGGGAGGUGGAGAACUGGGCGUUCACAUGUACUUGAUCAUAUUUCUGAAAUUUGUACAAGCAGUAAUUCCAACAAUAGAAUAUGACUAUACUCAGAAUUUCACAAUGUGAUUCAAAACUGCAAAUUUGCUCAUCUUUAUUUGUUACUUUGUUAGAGGCCUGAUGUGCUAAAGAUGGCUGCAAGAAAAUAUCAAGGCAAAUAUGCAUAAGCAUUUCAUGUCAUGAUAACAUGCUUUUUUGCUUCAACUCUUGAAAAAUAACAAAUCUGUAUUUAAAGGCCGUGAAAGUUUAUAUGCAUUUUGAUAGGUUUGUAUCUGAUAAGAAGUCAGAUGAACUACUGUUUGCAUGUCUUUUGUGAUAACAGUACUGUACAUUAGCCAGUCUCUCCAGAAGAGAAAAAGAAAUUAGAUAAUAUACUGUGAGCUUA